AAGGACAAGAGCACCUAUGACAACUUUGUUUGGGCUCUUGUUCACAAGGACCAGAUGAAGCAAGUUCGCGAUGAUCGCUACGACCUGUCUCUUACCGUCACCAAGGACCACCCCAAGCUUCCCCAGUGGUUGACCGUCAUGAGCGAGAGCGCCGAGAUUACCGACCUUCUUUUGACCCCUGAGCUCAUCAAGGCUGCCGAGAACGCUGGUGAUUCUUUUGAGUAUCUGAUCAUUUCUGACCAACCUGUUGAGCAGCCCAAGACGCUCGAUGAGACGGUUCCCCGCAAGCGCAUCUUCCUCCGCUACUCGCUGCCCUCCAACAAUGACUACACCAACCUCGUCCCCAUCUUCCAGUACUUCCUCCGCAUCUCUGACCAGCUCGCCAAGUCGGCCCACUUCCGGCCCGAGGUUGUCAAGAAGGUCAAGGCGGUCCGUGAGACCAUGAUCAAGAAGAUCCAGAAGGCCGAGGAGGAGGAGAAGGCUGAGGAGCGCGCGAUUGAGAAGGAGAAGGCGCGCAAGGCCAAGCGUGAUGCUGAGCUGAAUGCGCUGGACGCCAAGGGACAGAAGAAGUAUCUUGAAAAGGAGCGCGAGAGGGAGUUGAAGAAGGGGACCAAGAAGAUGACUACCCGUGCUUAG